AUGGGUAUAGCAGCAGGUACCAUUAACAACAUAGGGAUACCUUCCCGAAAGAACAAAAACGUUGAGUCGGGAAAAUGGGAUAACCAGGAAGAGGCAAAAAAUCUAAUUGUGUGGGAAUUGGAUCUGUCCUGCAAUUACUUUAUACACCUCUCCAUUGACAACCUUUUGUGUGUUCUUAUCCAGAAUGAAAUAAUUAGCGAGGAGAGUGUUUUAAAGGUGCACAAUUUAAAAACAAUAAACAUACGAAAAAACUUUUUAAUUCUUUUUCCCUACUGGGGAAAACACAAAUUGGAGAAUCUCCUUCAUUUGUGUUUAUCGCACAAUGAGAUUUGUGAACUGGCGCCCAUGGAUGGUUCGCCUACACCUGCUGAAAUGGAGACACAUCAAGCAUGCUCAGUUAACGUGGAGAAAGAUCCUCUCUUUGUAGCCGAGACGAAGGGAGAACACCCUGGUGAAGAAGGGGUACUGAAUUGGCAAGCACCCAAUUUGACUCACCUUUAUUUACAAAACAAUAAAAUUACGUCUCUCCAUUUUGUUAAGUACUUACUCAAUGGGCACAAAAAUAUUUCCCACAUAAAUAUCAGUUUUAAUAGAAUAAAGUCGUUAAGUGACUUUCCCUUUUUGGCAAAUUUGAAACAGUUCGAUUUAUCCUUUAACACGCAGUUGUCAUGUCUCCGUGGUGGAAACGAAGUUGAGCGCAAAAGGGUGGAUAACCUUCUCAGUGCGUAUGAUAACGAAGAGGAAGGUGAACAGAACGGCCACGAGAGAAGCAAUUUUUUUAACAUCCCCGCACGUGGCGAUAAAAAGUUGAGUCAUCACAACCUUUUUGUUACGUUA